UGCUUGUGAUAUGUUCCCUCAGGUCAAGCUUCGACAUCGUUUUGUUAAAUACCUAGGUACCUUUACGACUCCAUAGCUCCCGCAGACUCUUGCUCUCAUCUUCCACUACAACUAUAGCCAUUGCAUCGCCAAAACGUUAAGUACAAUGGCUACCAUGAAGGCAAUUGACAUACGAGAAGGCAAAGGGCCAGUCGAAAAUCUGUUUCUGAACGAGAUUCCUCGACCAAAGCCAACAAAAGCUCAGGCUCUCGUCAAGGUGAAAGCAUUUGGUUUGAAUCGGAUGGACCUGCUUCAGCGAGAGGGCGUGUAUCCCGUUCCGCCUCAAGCACCAAAGACUUUGGGAGUCGAGUUCAGUGGCACGAUUGAAGAGCUCGCCGAAGACAGCGAGGCUGACUUCAAGAAGGGUGAUGCUGUCUUUGGUCUUGCCUAUGGAGGUGCAUACGCGGAAUAUAUCGCAGUCAGCACGCACAUGCUUAUCCAUAAACCUGAUGAAUUGAGCUGGGAGCAAUGUGCUGGGAUCCCAGAGACUUGGAUCACAGCCCUCCAAGCGAUGUACCUCAUUGGCGAGUUCAAACCUGGAAAGUCGAUCCUCUGGCACGCAGGCGCCUCAUCGGUUUCAAUCGCAGGUCAACAGCUGAGCGCUUUCAACGGAGCCUCAGAAGUUUAUGCCACAACAAGAUCUGACGAGAAAUGUGAGUUCUGCGUCAAGAAGCUCGGUGCCAAGGCAGCUUUCAACACGACAACGCAGAAGUGGGACGACGAAGUGUUGAAGGCGACCAACGGGAAAGGCGUAGACAUCAUUGUCGAUUUCAUCGGUCCCGCGGCAUUCGGAGCUAACUUGAAUGCUGCUGCGCGCGACGGACGCAUUGUCAAUCUUGCGACCCUGAGUGGUGUCAAACUCGAGAACUCGGAUGUGAACUUUGCGAAUUUCGUCGCAAAGCGACUGAGAUUCGAAGGAAGCGGUCUGCGUAGCCGAGACGAGGCCUAUCAAGGCAAACUACGUGACCAACUUGUCGAGCACGCGCUGCCCAAAUUUCGAGAUGGGUCAUUUACUGUGCAUAUUGAAAAGGUGUAUCCUUGGGAACAGAUCCAGGAGGCCCAUAGGCAGAUGGAGGCCAAUCAAACCAAGGGCAAGUUGAUUUGCACAAUCAACUAAUUCGUGAAGUUGACGGGUUGUUCGAGCAUUAGUUGCGGUGCAAUUCUGCUGGUCACUGCUCGGUGGCCAGCGCUCAUCGUCCAGUGUGACUACAUAGGGCAGUAUGAUAACAAAUAGCAAUCACUAGCACGUGUUGAACCUUCGACGA